GAAGUCUAUAUAAAGGGUUUAUCCAGAGAACUCACGCACUCAGUUUCUACCAGCCUCAGACCUUCACCUGACAUCUGUGCACAGCUCAGGAACAAAGAUGUCUGCCGUCUACCUUCUCCUCCUGCUGCUCCCUGUGAUCUCAGCGCAGACCUUUCACUGGGGUCCCUGCCCUACUCCGAACGUUCAGUCCAACUUCACCCUUGAAUGGUACAUGGGUGAGUGGUAUGAGAUUGAGAAGCUGCCUGAUAUUAUUGGAAGAGGAGUGUGCAUCAAGGAGAACUACACCUUGGGAGGAGAUGGGAUAAUUCAAGUGUUGUACUCUCAGGUGUGGGACCCCCAGAACUAUAAGGACAAGAGGUGGUUUCUGGAGGAGACGGCUGUGGUUAUGGACCCACAAGAACCAGCCAAGCUUGGAGUCAACUUAUUGUCUUUUCUUCCCUACAUGCCAUACUGGGUUCUGUCCACCGACUACACCAACUACGCCAUCGCGUACUCCUGCAAAGACGUUUUUGGAGCAUUUCAUUUCGACUUUGCCUGGAUUCUUGCACGGACGCCCUCUUUGCCUCCACUGUUGGUGCAAUCCGCCAAACAGUUGCUGACAAGUCAAGGAAUCGGCAUUUCCAAGAUGACUCCCACAGAUCAGAGCUGCAAGCAUUAGAAAGAGCUGAUGGAGAUGUUCAGUUAUUGAAGGAGGUGUUUUGCUCUCUGAAGGUUUCUUACUUGAUUUCUUAUGUCUGUGAUUUUUUUUUUUUACAUCAGACAACAUUGUUGAAAAUUUCUUGUUGUCAUGUUAUUCACAGAUAUUAAAAUAUUUUGCACUUAAAUAAUCAGCUCAUUUAGUAAAUAACUAGUAGCUAUCAUUGUAAGCAAAUAUCAUUAUGUGCUUAUCCCAUCAUGCUCCAAACAUUCAUCAUAGUCUUGUCUCUGCACCUCAAAUCUAAGUGCUGUGAUACAGAUAUAAUAACUCUGUGUUAGCUGCUUAACAAUUGGAACCUAUAUCAGCAAAACAUGUUUGCUUCAGAUAUUAAUAAUUCACCAAACAAAGCAAUGUUUGCAUAUUGCAAGUCUCAUUGUGUAUCUUUCAUUACUUGUAAUGAUCAAUUUAACAAACUGUUUUUGGUGAUGGUGAUGACAUUAAAGAUGCUUUCAUUAAA